CAUCUGUUCACCCACUCUGGCACACUCGGCCUCCCUAAGCCACUUGAACACUUACCAUUGCACACUUCCUGGCACACUCUUCAUUCCUAGCUUCUGCCACCUCCACCACACUGCCAGCUUUGUCCUCAUCCUAGAGUAGCAGCAGGACCCUGUCACUCACUUCAAAGCCACCAUGUCUCUGGGGCCACAGAAAUUCCAGGCAGUGGGUGAGGAGGAUGAGGAGGAAGAGGAGAGCCUGGAUUCUGUGAAGGCAUUGACUGCCAAGCUGCAGCUACAAACUCGGCGGCCCUCAUAUCUGGAGUGGACAGCCAGGGUCCAGAGCCAGGCCUGGCGUAGGACCCGAGCCAGAUCUGGACCAGGGGAGCCUGGGGCCAUCUGCGGCUUUGACUCAAUGGAUUCUGCCCUUGAGUGGCUCCGACGGGAGUUGAGGGAGAUGCAAGCUCAGGACCGGCAGUUGGCAGGACAGCUGCUGAGGCUUCGAGCCCAGCUGCACCGUCUGAAGGUGGACCAAGCUUGUCACCUGCACCAGGAGCUGCUGGACGAGGCUGAACUGGAACUAGAGCUGGAGCCUGGGGCCGGCCUGCCCCUGGCCCCGACGCUGCGGCAUCUGGGUCUCACGCGCAUGAACAUCAGCGCCAGGCGCUUCACCCUCUGCUGAGGGCACCUGUGUGCCUAAGGGGGACCCCUGGGAGGAGCGAAAGGAGGAGUCCACUAGGGAGGAGCCUCAGAGGUGCCAGCAUCUAGUGAGUGGAAGGGGAGGCACACUUUAGUCUGAAUUCUGAGAGCAGAAAGUCCCAGCUGGAGGUGGGAGCAGCCCUGAUUACCAAACUUCUCAAUAAAU